UGCUACAUUGUUCGGUACCGGUUCGACGUUUUCACUUCAACGUAGUUCCCUGCAAAGCCAGCAUGGCCGCCAUGCACCUCCGCACAACUGGUUUUCAUCAUGUUCUACAAAAGCAAGCUGCCCAUCGUUCACCUGUGUUUGCGCGGAAGUUAACCACGGCAUCAUCAUCGUCAUCCCAGUCUUCUGCCCGCACUGCUAUCUACGCAACAGUGUUCGCUGCUUCUGUUGGUCUGUUUGGUGUCUACUACUAUGAUGCACGUUCCGCAAUCCACCGUUAUGUUUUGACACCUGUACUACGUCGUACAUUCGAUGCAGAAACUGGACACAAGAUUGCCGUCAAAGUCCUUCGUAGCGGACUUGGCCCGCGGGACCCUGUGCAGGAUGAUGAAAGAUUGCGGUCUGAGUUUUGGGGUCGCGAAUUAUCCAAUCCCGUUGGCUUGGCAGCUGGUUUCGACAAGGAUGGCGAAGCUAUUGAUGGUAUCCUUGAUCUCGGCUUUAGCUGGGUUGAAAUAGGAAGCGUCACUCCCAAACCUCAGCCUGGAAACCCAAAGCCACGUGUAUUUCACCUUCCCGAUGAUGCAGCACUCAUCAACCGGUACGGAUUUCCCUCGCAAGGCGCUACCUCCAUGAUUUCCCGCCUUCGCGCUCGCAUACCCAAAUUCCAUGAGACGAAAGAUGAUACGACUGCUGCCCUCAAACCUGGGUCAGUUCUUGCAAUCAACCUAGGUAAAAAUAAAUCUUCUCCGGUCGAGUCUCCAGAGGAUUUUGUCACUGGUGUGAAAACCUUCGGCCCGUAUGCUGAUGUUUUGGUUGUCAAUGUCUCUAGCCCAAACACACCUGGACUACGCGGUCUUCAAAAUCGAGAGCUAUUGGAAGAUUUACUUACCAGUGUCACAAAAGCCCGAGAUGAACUAGAACCGUCGCCGAUCACAGCACGGCGACCGCGCUUGGUGCUGAAAAUCGCACCUGACCUCGAGGAGUCCCAAAUUAUUGAUAUUGCAGACCUCAUUCGCAAGAGCAAGAUUGAUGGCGUCAUCGUCAGCAACACUACUAUCAGUCGCCCCGCGAGUCUUAUGGAUCCCAACAAAUCUGAGAUGGGCGGUCUCUCGGGUGCGCCCUUGAAGCCGCGUGCAUUACAGGUUUUGAAAACUCUGCGCGCACACGUUCCUGCAAGCAUUCCGCUGAUAGGCUGCGGGGGUAUCAGCACGGGCGCUGAUGCGUUGGAUUAUGCUCGGGCGGGUGCUUCACUGGUUCAAGUGUACACUGGCUUUGGCUAUGACGGAGUAGGGACUUGUAGACGCAUCAAGGACGAACUGGAGGCCCUGCUCAGAGCGGAGAACACAACAUGGAAGGCUGUUGUUGAUGAAUCUGUGCGGAAGCUCAGUUGGACGGAGUCAUGACCAGACUCAGAACGCAAAGGGACACUCAUACAACAGGGGCAGGAACUCGCUUCUGGACCAGCUUGGAGAGCGGAUGAGUGAGCUGAUAUGGAUGUCCGCAAACUUGUACCACAGGAGGUCCUUAUUAAAACACAGUGCUAUAUAUUAGGGCUGAGCCCUAUGUAGAUAUACUACCCCGUGCGGUGGAGUGUUCAGUAUUGAAGACAUAGCUGAAACUCGGCAGAAUCAACAAUGCAAGGAGAAUGGAAAUUUAUAGAAAGUGUCAAUGAGGUGCACGUCACGUGUUCCUAGUCUGACCGUGUGAUCAUACCUAGGAUCCUAUAUUAUU